CAUCACGUUUUUCGGACGUUUCUGUCAGAGCGUGUCGACGUUAGCCUUGGCAUCGAUUCAUCACCACCACCAGCUCAUCACAAUUUGACUAGCAGACAAAUGUGUGUUCGACCGUUUUAAAGUUCAAACUGUCUCUAAGCCGGCCCGCCAUGGCAAGCGACGCAGAAGAGAGGAAAUCAUCUCCUCUCGAUGACUUGUCCGACAUUGAGAGCACGAGCAGCACCGACGACGCAGGGCAACCACAGACGGUGGAAUGGCUCGUCACAUCCCGCGCGAAACGGGCUACAGCCGGAAACCGUAUGAAGGCGAUGCUCGCAAACGAGGAGCUGGCCGCCGAAGACUCGGACCUCGAACUGCUGUUCGCCGAAGACGAGAACGAUGCAGGGUUCAGCGACGAGGAGCAGGAUGACGCAUCCGACGUGCAGAUGGACUCGUCAUCCGACGACGAGGACAAUAAUGAUAAUGCCGACGACCUGGAAGGGGAAAGAGAGCUGGAGCGCCAGGCGCGAGAGAAACGCAACGUCGAGCGUAAGCGGAAAGCCCAGGAGGCCAUCCCAGCGAGAUUCCGGAAGAAGACCACCAGGAUCAGCAAGCAGCAGCUUCAUCAAAAGAUGGUCUCGGAUGAACUCAGACGGAGGAAACAGCUUGAGAGGAUGGAGAAGAAAGCAAAGCUGCUCGAAGCCAUGAAGAAGCCGCCAAUGACCCAGGCCGAGCGUCUGGCGGAGGCCGCCCUGGUCGAGAAGCGGAACGCCAAGAGCUUAAACCGGUGGGAGGAGGCUGAGAAACAGAGGGAGGAAGAGCGCUUGAAGAAGAUUGCCGCCUUGAAUAACCGCAAACUCGACGGACCGGUGGUUACAUUCUGGAGCGGCAUUCAAGAGCUCCAGGAGGGACAGGGCAAGCACGUUGGGAACCUUGUGUCCAUGGAGGAGAAAGCGCCACGGAAGAAGAGACAGUCCGCUGCGGCUGCACUGGCGGCUAAGGAAGCCGGAGCCGGAACAUCGACGCCGACUAGCCCGGUGGAAACGCCUAAAGCGAAGACGCUCGAAGCACCAGACGUCAAGAGCGAGCAGAUUGAUGGUCCUGCGCCGCCAAGUAUGAAGCCAAUUCUGCCAUUGUUUGUUCCUGAUGAUCCUAAUCAGGGGCCGGCGCCGGCAACAACCCCGCCAGCGCCAGGACCCGCGCCAAUGGCUCCGCCUCCAAUACCCCCGCCGCCAGACACCAGAUUGAGUAGCUCAGGAGUGCUGGCCGCUCCUAUUCUUGCUCCACCAGCCGGCGUAUCACCUCCCAUGCUUGGGGGGCAAAUGCUCAUGCUGGGACUUCCGGCAGGAGCCAAGCCCUUCCUCGCGGCGCCGAAUACUUCACAUACGCCUUCGCCCCUUUCAAUGCCCCCGUCCACGCCGUCUGAUACCGCUUCUCCUGCGCCUGCGACGACCGUCCCGCCACUGGCGAUGUCUACCCCUAAACCCAAGAUCAUAGUCCCUCCUCCUCCCUUGCCAUCAACUCCCGCCACCACACUUCAUACAUCACAACCAAAACAACCGCCAUCCGCGGGACCCCUUGACACACCGCAAGAUGCACCUCCUUCCGCUGAGCCGGCCCGAGAAGGGAAGGUGACGCGCAGCUGCAUCAUCCUACAGAACUUUGACGACCAGGCCAUCAAGGACAAACAGGUGCAGACACAGAUCCUAUUCGGCAGGAAGAUGAACAAGUUGGCGAAACCCGCUCAUCCGCCCCUCUGCGUCAUCACCAACCACCCGGCCAAGUACAGAGAUCCCAAGACGGGUCUGCCGUACUCCAACAGCUAUGCCUACCGCGAGAUCCAGCGUGUGUACCGCGGCGACUACAAGUGGAGUAGCCUGCUGGGCGCGUGGGUUGGGCGUGGCGAUUAUGCGGCGCGGGGAGUGCCGGAGUCGUUCCUGGAUCCGUCCAAGGUGUCGAAGCCUGCCGAGCCGGUCCUGGCCCCCAUCGAAGGGGCCGCGGAAAUGAAGGUGGAGGAUAGUCCAGAGAAGGCUGCGGAUGAGCCAAGGCUGGAACCGAUCGAGGGGGUGCAGGGAGCAGAAAUGGCUGGGCCGCCUGCAUUCCCGGUCGCGAGUGGUUAA